GCGUCUAUCAUGGAUAGCCCACAACGCCUUCUUCCUUAACUUAGUGUCUCUCUGUCUAUCCCUCGCAGCCCUCCGCAGAUUCUCAUACGGCCUCCUAAAUACUGCACCCAAGAUCCCAGGCCCAACACCGAUAUCGACACUAGCAUUCUGCGUCUGGUCCUCGGACGGCCGGAGCCCGUAAUUACUCUGCAGCCGCUCUGAAUUAUCAAAGAUGUGCUGGAUACAACCGAGGA